UAUGCGCGGUGGCGACGCCACGAUGUGGGAAACACACCACGUGACUCUAAGUAAGGUGCAACCUUACGGAUUCGGUAUAGCCGUUAGCGGAGGUCGAGACAAUCCUCACUUUUCAAGUGGGGAACCGUCAAUAGCUAUAUCCGACGUAUUGAGAGGAGGCCCGGCUGAAGGUCGUCUAUUCCAUAAUGAUCGGGUACUUUUCGUCAAUUCCGUCAGUCUGGAGAACGUGGAUUAUAAUACAGCCAUAUCAGUGUUGAAAGAGUGCGGAGAUACGGUUCAUUUAAUCGUUAGACGUAAGGCCUCCCCUCAAUCGCAAUGCCGAGAAGCAACCCUAUUGAGAACAUUGGAAAAUUCUCAUCUUCCUUGGGGAGUUGUAUUUGGCUGCAAACUCUUCGUGUCACGAAUAUUGCCCGAUUCUAUAGCUUCCAAAGAAAAAAACAUACAUGAAGGCGACGUCAUAUUAUCUAUUAAUGGUCAAAAGACUAGUCAUUUGUCUUUAGUUGAAGCUCAAAAAUUGGUUGACAGGUGUAGAGAUCGCCAUUUAAAAAUGAAUGUGUCGAAGCACGAAAGAGAAAUAUUAAAUAGAACAGGAAUUUCCGACAAUUCAACAGAUUUAAAUCAAAACUAUAGCAGUAGUCCAAGAUUGAACGAGGAAAAAAUAUAUUCUACUAAUACAGCAAAGUCAUCAGCAGAUGAUGGUCCCCCUAGACCACCCUUACCCGCCUGCUUGGACUCGAAUUAUCAGCAAGUUCCGAUAAAGAAGACAGCUACGGGAUCGCCUAGCCAACAAGCACCACUCGAUUCUCGAGUACGUAUAGUGCAAUUUACAAAAUAUAAAUCUGGGCUUGGAAUAAGAGUUUCUGGUGGAAAUCGAACCGGUGUCUUUGUUGCAACUGUUAAUUAUGGAACACCUGCUUAUGGUUUACUGUUUGAAGGCGAUGUACUAUUAUCCGUUAAUGGUAUGGAGUUGGGUGGAAGGACUCGAGAAGAGGUUGUAACAGUUUUAAUGAAUCUUCGAGAGCAGGUGGAAUUGCAGGUUCAAAAUAGAAAAGAAGAUUUCAGCAGGCUAAUGCAAGAUGGUGGAUCUGGGGAUUCAUUCUAUGUUAGAGCUCAUUUUUCAUACGAUAAUCCCGAUAAGGAUUGCAUGCCGUUUAAAAAUUCUGAUGUCUUUCACGUUACGGACACUUUAUACAAUGGUGUACCAGGAUUUUGGUGUGUGAGAAAACUGGGAAAAGGUAAUAAGACCGUUGAGAUUGGAGUGAUUCCGAAUCUAGAGAAGGCCAGAGAAUAUGUUGCAAAGCAGAGAGAAAUUGCUCAAAGUACCGAAGAUAAAGAGAAUAAAAGGAGCUCUAGUAUAUUUUUUAUGAAAAGAGCAAGAAGAUCAAAGUCUUUAAGUAAAGAUCAUUGGGAAGAAGUUGUGUUUUCGAAUCCUACUACGAAGUUCGACGCAUACGAAAGAGUUGUACUCAGAGAUCGUAAGUGCUCAAAUUAUAAUGAUUUAUUUAUAUCUGAUGACUAG